CGUCAGUGCAGAUGUGCGAUGGAGGCCCCGUUGUCUAGUCACACUGGCUCCGAAGAGGAUGAUGAUUAUGGGAGGAAGGUUCGUGGAAGGCCAAGACUGGCUGAUACAGAUCGGGUCAAGAGGAGGCUAGAAUCCCGCAAGAAAUACGAUGGCCGCAGGGUUUACCUGGGGGAAACGCACGGGGCCUGGGUGUGGAGAAGAGAAAGAGGGGGAGGAGGAGAGCCCUGGAGCGAUGCCCGUCUGGCUGCAUACUUACUGGCUAUGGAGAAGCAGGGGAAACCCCUUGAGAAUAAUCAGAGGAGUGAAAUGCAUAGGAAAGGUCAAAAACACUGUGAGAGCAGCCUGCAGGGUUUGGUGACCUGGUACCAGGAUCAUAAAAAACAAUGCUCUUGUGAGCCUUGCCUGUCUAAAUUAGAUACCAGCCACGUCAUGUGUCCAGUAGCUGUGUGGCAAUGCAGUGCUGGUCACAGCUUUUUUCAGGAUCUGAGCUACCCAAUCAAGAGGCCCAAACAUAGAGGAUGUGAUGACGGAGCCAGUUCUGAUUCUUCAUCCAGCUCUGCCCCAGUUGAGCAGACACUUGAAAUCUGCUCCGAGACAUCACCCCCUGACUAUCCGCCUUCUACUGAGGGUGAAUCAGAAUCUAAAGAGCAGGGCACAGAAGAAAACAACACUGUGGUUUGCGUCCCUAUGCAGGAGGGGUCAGGUUCCGAAGAGUUUUAUGAAGAGGUGUCUCAGAAUGAGCUGGGGCAUGUAGUGACAGCUGGCUGCCCAUCUCAAGUCAUUAUUAUUGCUGGGCCUGGUUACGAGGCGCUGGCAUCAGAAGGUAUUCAUUUGGAUGUGACAGCUAACAGCAGCGGAGAUGAGGAUGAUCCAGGCACAGCAAUGGAAGGAGUUUCAGCUUUCACACAAACUGAUGCAGAGGACCGGGAUUGGGACCAGAGAAGUACAGGAACAGUGAUAGAGGAAGAGCCAUUUUACUACACAGUGAAGAGAGAGCCUGAUACAGAGGAAGAAAUUCAGGAACCAGAAUCUGACAUCCAUCUGUCUGAUGACACCUCUCAGGGCCAGACUGAAACCGUACUCGUUGGAGACCAGGAGUAUGAGACGGAUGUCAUCCAGCUGAUUCCCAAGGAGUCUGAAAAAAAAAAGUGUAAGUCAAGCCGAAUAAUAGAUGCCGAUGGCUUACUCCAGAUGUUCCAUUGUCCAUAUGAGGGCUGUAAUCAGGUCUACACUGCUGUGAGCAGCUUCCAGAACCACGUGAACCUAAUUCACAGAAAAGGCAGAACCAAAGUAUGCACUGAGCCUGGUUGCGGUAAAAGGUUCUAUGUAUCCAAUCACCUCCGUCGCCAUAUGAUCAUACACACAGGUUUACGUGAAUUUAUAUGUGAAACUUGUGGUAAAUCGUUCAAAAGGAAAAAUCACCUAGAAGUUCAUAGAAGAACACAUACCGGAGAGACACCGUUACAGUGUGAGGUUUGUGGGUACCAGUGCAGACAACGGUCAUCCCUGAACUGGCAUAUGAAAAAACAUCGGGCCGAGGUCAAUUUCAACUUUUCCUGCGAGUACUGUGGCAAACCCUUUGAGAAGAAAGAAAGUGUUAAAUUCCACAAACUGAAGAGCCACCCUGAGAAAGUUAACCCUUGAAGGGAUUGCAAGGCAUCCUGGUCAUUUGAGAGCGCUGACAGAGUGUGGCAGGCUGGGCAUGUGAGGGCGUUAAUAAACCAUGGGAGGACUCUGAUAAAAUAUGCUGUUGGGAGUGUGGGUACUAUUGGAUAGUUAUGUAAGUAGACCUCCUUGGUUUGUUUGGUUUGGGUUUUUUUUUAAGUCACAUAUUUAGAAAUAUUCCUCUACUAAUAUAGCCCUAGAGUCCUACAAAAGAACGAUAUGAAAUUUUAUAGUUGAACCCAGUCCUGACCUGUUCUGCCAGAAGUGCCUGCACUGCACCAUAUUUAUAUUAAAAUAUGGGUCUUCAAAAUAUUUAUACACUUCCUUUUUUUUAUUCAUUGAAGUUUCAGUAUUGUGACAAUAUUGAAUUAAAUGUUUUCUUAUUUAUUUCAGGCUGUUUUAAAUAGUUUCCUUUUUGAAGGUUCACUAACAUUAGAAGGGAUGUUUUAAAAAAAUGUCACACUUUAUUCAUCAAUGUAAUUCUUUUUGUUUUGUUUUAGAAAAAUGUUAACAUCAUUUCGGCUUCUCCAGAAUGCUUAGCAUCAUGGUGAAAUUCAAGUGUCUGUGGACACCAACCAUGCUUACUGUAUAUGGGAGUUAAGGUUUGGUCAGAGACCUGGUGCAAAAAUACAUUUUAAGUUCUCUGUAGUGCAGUAGUGUAUCUCCACAUAAAGAGACAUUUGAAUAACCCUGCUAUAAAGUAGGACAUUAUUAAAUAUUGAGGACUGCUUUGAA